UCAUGUCAGUUGAUCUGACUGAACGCAGCUGUAGUGGCCAGCAUGCUGUCUGUGCAGGGACAGGAUAUGAGCAACACUGUCUGUGGAAGCCACUUGCGAUGAGUGUUUCUCUCCGAGUAGCCUAAUUGUGCGCAUCAUCACGUACAACUGUUGACGCAAUUAAAUUUUACCCCCUUUCUGACGCGGAACCCGGGAGUGAUGCUAUUUCUCCAACAACAACAACAACAACAAAAAUAAAAAAAAAAAGAGCGAAAAACCUCCCACGAGUAAACGAGUAGAAACAGGCAAGUCUAGUGACAAGACUCGGUGGAGCGGUUGAGCUUGAAGAUGUUUCUCACACUUCAGAAAUGUCUCGAAUGAGUUGCGUGGGAUCAGAAGCAGCAGUCCUAAGAAUCCAUGGAAUGUUAUCUGGAGACUUCUGUUGAUUACGACCUUGCCUACACUUGCUGAAUAAGGCCCUACGAAUACAAUGUUAGAAAGAUGAACAUGUCUGAAGAGCAAACAAACUGCACUAUAAACCACAAGAUUCACCAGUACCUGUUUUCGUGUGCGUUCAUCCUUAUCCUGCUAGUGGGUCUUCCCGCCAACGCUUACUCACUCUACCAUGCCUGGCUCCAACUGAAAGUCCGCAAUGAGCUGGGGGUCUACUUGCUAAACCUGACCAUAUCUGAUCUGCUGUACCUGGCCUCCCUGCCCCUUUGGAUCCAGUAUUUCUUCCAAGGGGACAACUGGAGCAGCUCUGAGUGGCUCUGUCAACUGUGUGGUUUCCUGCUCUAUGAGAACAUCUAUGUCAGCAUUGGUUUUCUGUGUUGUAUCUCCAUUGACCGCUACCUGGCAGUGGUCUACCCUUUCCGCUUCACGUCUUUCCGAACGGUACGAGCAGCAGUGCUGGUCAGUGCGGUGGUCUGGCUCAAAGAGCUUGCUGUAGGAGUGGUGUUCUUCUGGCACAAGGAGCUCAGCAUGGACAAGAACAACCGAUCUGUGUGCUUUGAGCACUAUCCCAUGGAGAACUGGGAGUACCCAAUAAACUACUACCGAUUUCACAUAGGUUUCCUGUUCCCUUUAGGAAUCCUCCUUGUGUCAUACUUUAGAGUUCUCCGAGCAGUUGGCAAGAGUGAAGGCACGCUGUCAUCCCAGAAAACUCGCAUCAAGUACCUUGUGACCAGCACCAUCGUCAUCUUCCUGGUUUGUUUCUCACCAUACCACGUCUUCCUGCUGGUACGCACCAUAUUUGAGCGGGACUGCAACUUCAUUGAGAAAAUUUUCAACUACUACAAUUUCUCUCUGUUGCUUACUAGUUUUAACUGCGUGGCUGAUCCGGCGCUCUACUGUUUUAUCAGUGAGAGUGCCCAAAAGAGCAUCCAGAGGGCUCAGGAAACUUGCACUCGGGUCUUAUGCUGUUGCUCGAAAAGCCAUGGAAGGCUCAACAACCACUGUACUGAGCUAACAUUCACAAAUGAUAAAGUUACAGGUUCCUCAGUGGCAACACUCUUGCAGCAAGUCAAAACUGACGUUUAAACAGUUUCGUUGUAUUAGUCAUCCAUACAAUGGACAUCAUACCAUUCAGCCACAGGCUCCUCAGAUGUACAGCUGCUGGAUACUGUUUUUCAUUUUACAUGGGUUAAAACAUUAACCUACUUUGUCAGAGUCAGUCCUGUAUUUUGUUCUAAAAUUAAACUGAUAUAUUUGAUGGAUUUAGUAAGAUAACGCGCUAUUGUAAUGUGGUGUAAUUUGUAAGGGAUUGACACCUUGAUAAUGACCAGUGAGGUUUUAUGAACCUAUAAGCUAAACUUUUUCUGUACUGUUCCAAGCCCCUUUAUCUCCAUGUGCAUGUAGCAGUUAAAACUGUCCAAGACUAAAACCAAUUCUGCUUUUAAACCUCAUUGGUUUCAGUUCUUUUAAUACGGUAUACUUCACCCAAAUAUAACAGUUCAGUCUUCAUUUACUCACUGUAAUGGCUACGGCCCGUUGUUAUCACAGGAAGUCCCUUGUUGAAGAAGCAAACUUAACAUGUCAGAUUUAGCUGUGAAGCGUGAGAAGAGAACCAGUGGCGUUUGGUUCAUUAAUGUCAAACAGGUAAAAUACAAAUUGAUGAAAAUGUAUGCAUGCUUAAUUUGAUAUGCAGGGAGGGAAAAAGUUAUAUAAAUUGUGGUGGUUGCAUGGCUUUAUAAGUUUCAUGGACCAAUGUGAUGAUGCUUCUAUGGUGCUUUUAUGAUCUUUUUGGUGUUUAACAGUUCCUGCUUACAAUAUGCUCUUAUUUUAUAAGAAAUAACAGCAUGGAAUUUGGAAUUCAACAAUAGAAAAUUAAAGUCAUUCAGGUUUGGAACAUCACGAAGGUGGUUAAAUGAUAACAGAAUUGUCAUUUUGGGGUGAAACCUUUCCUCUAAGGAAACAAUAGCAAUGAAGCUGUAUAUUUGAAUGCUUACUCACCUUUUACAUGGUUAGACAUGGAGCACACAGACAGUUAACAAAGAGAAAAGGUACACAGUGUGGGUGUGAAGGGUCAACCACCUCCCAACAGAUAAUUUUAACCUGGACAGCUAACCAAUGUGAUUUCAUAUCCUGAAAAAUUGGAUGAUGAAGAAGUGAUUGAUGGUUGCUUCCAGAAAUAAUGGAUAUUCUGUUGGCUCAAAACACUGAGGUAAAAGGUGAUGAGUGUUUGGUGCAGUGUUUAUAUUUUUAUAUGAUGGAAGUGAUCACCGCUAAUACAAGAAGUUUAAAUGAGUGACCUGAACUGAAAGAAGAGACAUAUGGAGGUGUUCUCUUUUUCCUGCUCAUUCAAACCAUGUUUACAAUGAAUAAUCAACAUGCAUGCAGAUUUUAUGUAGGCUAUAUCAAGAUUGUUUUCAGGUUUUCAUUGAUUUUAUAUAAUGACUGCUGUUCAGGUUCAUAAAUGGGACUUUUUAUUAUUAUGUGGUUGUACAAACUGUUCUUUGUUGCAUAAAUCACUGGCAAUGAUUGUAUUGUUGCACAAUACAUGGAGGCAGAAAUGUUGCUGUGAUGUAAUGCAGGGGUAAAAAAGUACAGAGAAAUUAACUGUGAUUAUAGGUACUGUGUUAUCUAGUCAGAUUCUUGUAAGAUAGUAUGUUCUCUCUCUAGGUGUCUGUUAACUGAAUUUUGGUUAUGUUAGCUUCGAGAGCACAAAAUACUGAAAAUAAUAAGUAAAGCAAACCCUUGCAGCAAAUGUAUGAUAUGUGGUGCAAAAAUAUGAUUAAAUCUGUGUUGCACUUCCUCUCU